GGUGUGCAACUGUGCAAAGGGAUUUGGAAGACCCCGUGCAGCUGAGGAAUACGGGGACGGGGCUUCCUUAGCAAAGUCAUUUCCUUUCCCAAGCGUGUGCGUAAUUUCCUUUCCCAAGCAUGUGCAUAUGUGCAAAGGGAAGGAGACGAGUGUGCAAAGGGACGUGGAGGAGCCACUGCACCUGAGGAAUAUGGGGACAGGGUUUUCCUUAGCAAAGUCAUUUUUCCCCCCAAGCAUUUGUGUGUGCGUGUGUGUAUGUAUGCACACGUGCAAAGGGAAGGAGAUGAGUAUGCAAGUGUGCAAAGGGAUUUGGAAGACCCCGUGCAGCUGAGGGGCUUCCUUAGCAAAGUCAUUUCUUUUCCCAAGCGUGUGUGUGUGUGUGUGUGUGUGUGUGUAUGCACACACGUGCAAGGGAAAGGAGACCGGUAUGCAACUGUGCAAUGGGAUUUGGAAGACCCUGUGCAGCUGAGGAAUAUGGGGACGGGGCUUCCUUAAUUUCCUUUCCCAAGCGUGUGCGUAAUUUCCUUUCCCAAGUGUGUGUGUAUGCAUACGUGCAAAGGGAAGGAGACGAGUGUGCAAAGGGACGUGGAGGAGCCACUGCACCUGAGGAAUAUGGGGACAGGGUUUUCCUUAGCAAAGUCAUUUUUCCCCCAAGCGUGUGUGUGUGUGUGUGUGUGUGUGUGUGUGUGUAUGCACACACGUGCAAAGGGAAGGAGACGAGUAUGCAAGUGUGCCAAGGGAUUUUGGAAGACCCAGUCCAGCUGAGGAAUACGGGGACGGGGCUUCCUUAGCAAAGUCAUUUCCCAAGCAUUUGUGUGUGUGUGUGCAUGUGCAUUCCCACACGUGCAAAGGGAGGCGGACGAGUGUUCAAGUGUGCAAAGGGAUGUGGAGGAGGAGCCAGUGCACCUGAGGAAUAUGGGGACGGGGUUUCCUUAGCAAAGUCAUUUCCUUUCCCAAGCAUUUUUGUUUGUGUGUGCGUGUGUACAUGUAUGCAUGCGCUUGUGCAAACGGAAGGAGACUAGUGUGCAAAGGGAUGUGGAAAACCCAAUGCAGCUGAGGAAUAUGGGGAUGGGCCUUCCUUGGCAAAAUCAUUUCUUUUCCCAAGCGUUUUUGUGUGUAUGCACACACACGCAAAGGGAUGUGGAAGAGCCAAUGCAGCUGAGGAAUAUCAGGAAGUUGGCUUCCUUAGCAAAGUCAUUUUUCCCCAAGCAUUUGUGUGUCUGUGUGCAUGCACACACAUGCAAAGAGAAGGAGGCUAGUGUGCAAAGGGAUGUAGAGGAGCCAAUGCAACUGAGGAAUAUGGGGACAGGGCUUCCUUAGCUGGAUCCAUGCAAAGUCGUUUCUUUUCCCAGACAUGACCAGGUGUUGUAUAUGUAUGUGUGUGUGGAGUUGUGCGUGUGUGUGUGUUGUGUGCGUAUAUAAAUAUUUUUAAAAGCUGCGCUCUCUUUUAGGGUUAUAGUGGAUAAAAUAGACAUUAGGCGUGUUUGCUGCCUUGAGUGGACCCAUAUAUCUUUGCAUAAAAAGCAGGAUAAAAAUGCAGUUGUGGGAUAAUUUCAUCCUAUAUUUAUAAUAUCACGUAAAUGUAAUUCUGAGAUAAUGUAAUUCUGAGAGCGAUUAUGUUUGAAAGUGAGCAAGAUUAGGAAUUGAUAAGACUCCUGCGCACAACCCUCAAACUCCCAGUCACUGAUAGAAGACCUGAGUCAAAGACACAAACCACCCGUAAUUCUGAGAAGGGAAAUGUUUAAUGCAUAUAUUUCGAGUGUGUAUAACUGCCCCUCCCGUAUAUAUAUGGGUCUGGGCUGCUUACAAACAAUUGAACACCCUCCCUCCAAAAGCUCAGCUUUUCAGCCGCCUUUAGAGCUGCUGUUAACCCACCCCUCUCCUGCAUCAAUGUAUUUCUUCCCUUCCCUUUGCAGAUGUGAAGUCCAGAUGGAACACAUGGACCUCGGAGGACGGACACAACCUGUCGGAAGGCCUCAACCUUGGGGGAAGCUGAUCCGCUUUGGGGUGGAACAAGCCGAGCCCCAUAUCUUGCUGCAGAAAAAGGAGUGGACCAUUGGCAGAAAAAAAGGUUGCGACUUAUCGUUCCCUGGUAAUAAACUGGUGUCUGGCUAUCACUGUAAAAUAACAAUGGAUGAAAAAUCGGGUCAGGUUUUCCUACAGGAUUCCAGCACUAACGGAACAAUGAUCAAUAAACAGAAAGUGGUGAAGAGACAGACCUGCCCUUUACAAACUGGAGACGUGAUCUACGUCGUUUACAGGAAAUACGAACCCGAAAACAAUGUUGCAUACCUGUACGAAUCUUUGCACCCGAAAAACGAUGGAGCUAACAAUCCAGGAGAGGCCAAGCUUGACGGUGCGUGCCACACAACCAAAGAUACCUCAAGCACCAGAGAAAGCAAUGAUUGGACCUCCAUAGUGUUGCCGCCGGCGCCGGCUACCCGGACAAGCUACGAAGAGCCGCAGCCAUCAACUUCGACGUCAAACCUCUUUGAAAUUGUUCCUACCUCUUCCAUUCAGUCCACAUCCACUGAGAAGGCGAACCCUACAAUAAUUGGACCCCAGCCUUGCACCUUAAUUUUUGCACCUGCUUUGCUCAAAUUGGUACCAUCCAGACCAGAGACGUUGCUUCAACUCAGGCAGCCUGCUGCAACUUCCAGUGCUUCUUCAAGGGACGCAGAGAAAACAGCCAUGUUCCAGUUUUCGGGAAGGGAAGGAAAAGAUUUACCCUACCCCGCUAAGAAGAAAAUCAGAAGAGAUGGUGAAGCCAGCUGUGCCCUUCAGGUGGUCACCCCAGAGGGAUCCGCAAUGAGACCUGACCCUGGAGAUGCCAAAUCAGCAACCAUGAAGCCCGACAAAAUGGGAGAAAGCCUGAGCUGCAUCAUCUGCCAGGAACUGCUUCAUGACUGUGUCAGUUUGCAGCCCUGCAUGCACACUUUCUGCGCCGCUUGCUACUCAGGAUGGAUGGAGCGAUCUUCCCUCUGUCCGACAUGCCGCUGUCCCGUGGAACGGAUCUGUAAAAAUCACAUUUUGAACAACUUGGUCGAAGCGUAUCUCAUCCAACACCCAGAUAAGUGUCGUAGCGAAGAAGACUUAAAAAGUAUGGAUGCCCGGAACAAAAUCACUCAGGACAUGCUACAGCCGAAAGUUCGAAGAUCCUUUUCAGAUGAAGAAGGAAGUUCAGAAGACCUGCUGGAUCUGUCGGAUGUAGACAGUGAAUCCUCUGAUAUUAGUCAACCAUAUGUCUUAUGCCGGCAAUGUCCCGGUUAUCGUUGCCAAACGGUCCCACCCCUCACCUUUCCCGAGCAGGAAGAAAAAACAGAACCUGGGCAGGUUCCUGGAGAUUCCCCAUCGACUUCUUCCAACUUCCCAACAGCAGUCCAGGAAUAUGUUUGUCCAGCUCAAGGAAGCCACAUCUUCUGCACUUGCUGUUUCCAGCCCAUGCCAGACCGUAGAGCGGAUCGGGAACAGAACCAGAACAUCGCCCCACAGCAGUGUACCAUCUGUCUGCAGUCCUUCUGCCAUCAAUAUUGGGGAUGUGUCCGUGUUUCCUGCUUGGGCUGUUUAGCCCCGUUCUGUGAACUCAAUCUCGGUGACAAGUGUUUAGACGGCGUUCUUAACGGCAAUAACUAUGAAUCAGAUAUUCUAAAGGAUUACUUGCAAUCUAAGGGAUUGACAUGGAAAGACAUGCUGAACGAAAGCCUCCUAGCUCUUCAAAAAGGAACUUUUAUUUUACCAGAUUACCAAAUCACGGGAGAAACGGUGCUGUGUUAUUUUUGCGGCCUACGGACUUUUCGAGAACUCGCUUACCAAUACAGGCAGACUAUUCCUGCUGCGGAUUUGCCAGCCGCUGUCACAUCCCGUCCCGACUGUUACUGGGGUCGCAACUGUCGCACUCAGGUGAAAGCCCACCAUGCUAUGAAGUUCAACCACAUCUGCGAACAAACGCGGUUCAAAAACUGAGGAGCCUUCCCGGGGGCGUUUCACUUCGCUCCGUGCUUUUAAAGGAUCGGAAAAUUAAACCCCGAAACGCCAACUCGACAGUUUUUUGCCUGCUUGUUCCCGCAAAAACAACAAAAAAAGGGGGGGAUUGGCAACUUUUUACAUCAGGUACUCUGAUGUGCUAGCGUGCUCUUUUUUUUUUUCCUUUCCUUAACGAUUAUUAUUUUGUCGGAUUUUUUUCCGCCACCCUGUGUUCUCCUUGGCUUUUUUUUCUUUUCUUUUCUUUUUUUUUUUAAAAAAUUUGUUUUGUUUUGAAGGCCAGAAGGGUGGCGGCUGCCCCUGUUUUCUUCUUGAAUUUGAGCUACUGUAGGAAUUUAAGGACUCGCCAAAGGAGGCUGAACGGUAGACGUGGAACCAUUCUCGGUGAACGUUGAUUGUCAAAAUGAAGAAAGGUCUUACUUGAGAAGGCAACGUUAGAGCGAAGUACAGCAAGAGAGAAGGACAUUCUUGGUUCCUUCUUGGCGGACAAGUGCCGUGCGUCUUUGUCAAUUUCUUGGACCAACUUGCAACAUCUCGCUGGAAUUGAUGGCCUAGACUUCUUGGCUCCUCGGUCAAAGAUCACAGCUGGAUUGACCAAGGUCUGUCCCAACACUGACCACUUAAGGCCGUAUUUCUCAGCCUUGGACAUGUUGACACGAGGACUUCAACUCCCAGACUUCCCGAGCCAACCAUGUUGGCUGAGGAACUCUGGGAGCUGGAAGUCCACCCGUCUUAAAAACAGCCAAGGUUGACAAACACAACCUUAGGGUGUCUUGUGCUUUCUUAACACACUCCACACUUAUAUCUUAAGUGCCGCUAUCCAGCUGGUGCAGUUGACCUAGCCUCCUUUGAUGGGAAAGAUCCAAUUGUUUCGUCCUCUUUGCUUUUCUUUUUUUCUUUUUAUUUAGGUUUUUUUUUUCCUUCCUUAGAUCCUGUCAGUUUCUUUCCCCCCAUGCUCAAUUCUAGGAUUCAGACUGGUGCUCUCUUAAAUCGAAUUUCACCUCCACCAUCUUUCUUGGGGCUCCACAAGAAAGUUUUUUUCCCCCUCCCAGGAAUUGCUGCUGUUAGCAGUUGAGUUAUGCUUCAAAAAAACUAUGCAUUCUCCCCCCACUUUACUGGUCAAAUUCCACUGGAAAUUCUUUUUUUUUUAAUCCCCUGAUGAUAAAGACGUCUUCACGAUGGAAGGGAAUUUGGCAUAAUCCCCAACUGAUCCCCGAAGAUUGCUGAAUGUAGGACAUUAAUAUUGGCAGCUUUUAUCCCGAUCUCCCAAGGGUUAUUCCUGAAUGGUUUUUUGUGUCCCUAAAAUGGAGCAGCACAGGGAAGUGUGUUUCUACAUAUAUCCAUUUUUUUUAAAAACCAUGUCAGAGUGACCUCUUGCCUAACUUAAUUUUUUUUUUAAAAGCUGUCCUCUUGACCAUCAACAACUACGAAUAAUGGAUAACCUGCAUAACCAGAAUUGCUUUUGAAAUAAUUUAAUGCUGGUACAGCACAGUUCCGCUGCUUCCACCGUUGGGCAUAUUUUAAGACAAAACAAGAGCUCAACGUAGCCCUUAGGAAGUCUGGAUAAAGACAGCCGAGUCUUUUUCCCUUCUUCUUACAACUCCCCAAUGUUGCUUAAAUUCAGCCCUAACGGUAUGUAAAUGGAUUUUUUCCCCCCAACCUGGCACCCUUCCGACGUGUUGGAAUUCCAUGUGCCAGAAUCCCUGAGAUAGUUGAACCAAGGCAGGGAUGGCUCAUCGAUUUGUAAGUUGCAGUCUCAAAAACUUGCAGAAGUUCCCAUUGUUUAAAACAUUGGCAUCUAUAUGCUGGUUCCGUAGCCAGGAUCUUGUCUUCCUUUAUAGCUGUGUUGGCAACUUUUAAGAUGGGCGGAUUUCAACAGCUAGGGGAUUCUGGGAGCUUGAAGUCCACCCAUCUUAACGUUGCAGGAGAAAUGCAACUUAAGAUAGUAAUGGUGGCCUCAUUCCAAUCCACUAAAAUUACGGGCUUUUUUCCCCUCUGCUCUCAAACUCAAGGGGAUUUAAAAGAACAAUGUGCUGGGCACAAUUAUUGAAGGGUGAACCCAAGCCACAUUAUAUUUUUAUGCGCUGAAAUAGUAAAUUUUUCAGAGCUGGGUCUUGUAGAGCUAGUGUGGGGAGUGGUCCAAAGAGAUAGCAACAGGUCCCUCCAAGAUUUAAUGCCCUUUAUGUUAAAGAUGGUUGAUAAGGAUUGGUUCGUUUUCUAACUGCAGACUUCUUUCGCUCCCCUUUUAAAAAAUAUAUAUAGAGCUUCCAAGUUUAUCCUGUACAGCAGGGCUCUCCAAAAUUGGAAACUUGUGUACUUCGACUUCCCCAUGCUGGAGAAUUCUGGGAGUUGAAGUUCACAAGUUGCCAGGUUUUGAGACCCCCCCCUGUGAUACGCCAACGGCGUCUAGUCACGGGCCUGUUUUCAGUAAAAAGCCACGUAAAGGCUUCGUCAGCCGUGUUCACAGACCAUGUCAAGUGGACUGCUAAGACACGCCGUGAGACUUCCACACCAGCUGCAGGAAAAUUAAGACGAUGGACCUUGCAGCCAUCAAAGUUUGCAUGGGACUGUUUGUUGUUGCAACGGGUGCGUUUUCCCGUCUCAGGGAAUGGAGAAACAAAGGGGACUGCAAAAAACUGCACACAGAGCCAUGUCAGUUUCUCCCAGGUUAGCUUCUGGCUAGUCCAGGUGAGGUUGUCAGGUGACUUCUCCCCUUCCAAACUGAAAAAUGGAGAGAGGGAGAAUUUGGUUCUCUUCUCUCGGUUGAGGUUGACUGCCGUGGCUCUCUUUAACCAGCCAAAAUGUAAAUAGAAGAAUUAAAAACAGCAGUUUGCUUCCACACACAACACCCCCCCCCCGGCUAAAUUUACCCCUUCCUCCUUCAUUCCAAUCAUACAAGUGUCUUCCAGGGGGUUUAGCGUGGUUCACACCACGCUUAGGAUGGGCAGUUGGGACUUUAGAAGUUUUGUUAUCUGCUCUAAAAAGAAAUGUUUUCGGCUUUUGUUUCCUUUGUACACAAGCUGGUGGCUGGGAAAUGGGGGGGGGG